AUGACUGACCAACCGCAACCAUACAACAUUUCCAUCGCUGACGAUGGUCUCAAAGAUCUUCAACAACGCUUGACACUAGCCAGGCUACCAACUCAACUCGAGGCCGACGAGCAAAAUCUGUGGGACUUUGGGUCCCCCGUCAGCGACAUUCAACGGCUGGUGGAAUAUUGGAAAAAUGGCUUCGAUUGGCGGAAGGCAGAAGCCAAAUUGAACGAGUUGCCGCAGUACCAAGUCCAGAUUCCAGUGGAUGGGUUUGGCACUUUGGACAUUCACUGGCCUGGAUCUUUCAUUGAAGUGUCAAAGCUUCUCCCUCUUCUCAAGGGAGAUGAGAAUCAACCCGGUUUCCAUGUUGUGGCACCAUCGCUUCCAAACUUCGGUUUCUCCUCAGGUGUGACUCGUCGUGGAUUUGGCCUUGCACAGUACGCCGAAGUUCUCAACAAACUCAUGAUCAAGCUAGGUUAUGAUAAGUAUGUGACUCAAGGAGGAGACUGGGGGUUCUGGAUCACAAGAGUCAUCGGGCACCUGUACCCAGAGCAUUGCCAAGCAUCCCACAUCAACUCAGUCCUCGCCAGACCACCCAAAUUCGCCAGCAACCCCUUGCUCGCGCUCCAGCACACACUGUUACCGUACAGCGAUCGAGAGAAAAAGGGCCUCGAACGAUCUCAAUGGUUCGAUACCGAAGGCUUCGGGUAUAACAAGUUGCAAAGUACCAAGCCACAAACCAUCGGCAUUGCACUUCAAGAUAGCCCGGUCGCCCUGCUCUCGUGGAUCUACGAGAAGCUUCACGACUGGACAGACUCAUAUCCCUGGACAGAUGACGAAGUCCUCACGUGGGUCUCAAUCUACUGGUUCUCCGUCGGGGGACCGGCGGCCAGCGUUCGGAUUUACUACGAAACCAUGCAUUCGGGCCCGAUCAAAGGCAAAUCCCUCGACGACUUACUGGGGUAUGUCCCGGUUAAACUUGGGAUUGCGCAUCUUCCACUGGAGAUCUCGGUCAUGCCUAGUACCUGGGCUGCGGUGCUAGGGCCAUUGGUGAGAGAAAGUGAGCAUACCCAUGGUGGUCACUUUGCUGCUUGGGAGGUCCCCACUGUAAUUGUCGAGGACUUGCAGGCUAUGUUCGGGAAGAGUGGCCCUUGCUAUCGGAUAAUUGAAGGCAAAGAAGGGUAUUAG